CCCAUGCAUGCGCGCUACGUGGGUGCUGUAGGUUACGUAGCAGUAAUAGCUCGGGUCGCAGUACAGCGGAGCUUAGCUGUUUAGGUACCUAAGUUCAGGGGUGUUGGUGCCGUUCCUUCCAGAAGCUACGAAAUUCCUCUUGCCGAGGCUCAUGUGGGAAUUGUGCCAACGACCCGGAACUCUUGACCCGGCAUCAAAACCGAGUACUCCACUUCACAAGAUGCAAUGCAAUUAGUAUUGUGAUAACCUCGCUUUGAUUGAUCAUUGCCGUGUUAGAAAAUUAGUCGGUCUGAUUUUACGAAGUCACAUAUUGGAUCACAUAUUAUUGAUGUGACCGAUGCAUCUCUAUGUACCUAUAGUGGGCCUACUACGAAACCUUAAGUGAGAGCCAAUGUUAAAGUUCCAGUGGUCUCAGAUACCUGGGCAGCUGCCACGCGCCCUAGCACACCAGCCACAGCGGGUGUCCUUCAGCGGUUAUUACCCCGCGAUUUAGUGCUUCCAUUUUAAGAAUCAAUUAAAAAGUCCUAACUUUAGUCGCGUAACCCAAAUUCUUGACGCGUCUCAUCCCAUCCGGACCCCUAAACCAUAACCACUACAAACACUUCCUUUCUCUUCUACCACGAGAAUAAUCAAUGAUAUAAUGGCUUCCUACGGCGGCUACUCACGAACAACCUACGGCGCGACCGGCGGCGGCGACGGCGGCGGGUUCAUGGGUGGUUCGCAAAGCGGUAGUCAAUCCGCCAAACCCGUAAGCGAAGAAUCCCUCCGUCCCGUAACCGUAAAGCAAAUCAUCGACGCAGAGCAAGCCUUCGGCAGCGACGGCACCUUCCGAAUCGACGGCGCGGACGUGGCGCAAGUCACCUUCGUGGGUAUGGUGCGACAGAUCAGCCCGCAGACGACCAAUAUCACGUACCGACUAGACGACGGCACAGGCAUUGUCGAGGUUAAGCAGUGGUUAGACCCGGAUAAGCAGGAACAGGAUGGCGAUUCCAAAAGCGCGGCGUUUCGCGAGGAGCAGUACGUUCGCGUCUGGGGCCGUUUGAAGAGUUUUGGGAAUAAACGACAUGUGGGCGCCCACGUCAUUAAGCCCGUCACCGAUUUCAAUGAGGUCAAUUACCACUUGCUAGAAGCAACUUACGUCCACCUAUUCUUCACGCGAGGCGGGGUAGCGACUGGUGGCGGUGGCGGUGGCGGAGACGGAAACGCGGCUGAGGAUGACAGCAUGUUCGUGGAGAAUAACGAUGCCGCGUUCCUGCGAGGUGCUUCGGCGCGUGCGAAGAAGAUGUACAACUACCUCAACCAAUCUAAGAGCAACGAGGGUACAAAUCUGCACGUCAUAGCCAAAGAUACCGGCAUGACUGUUCAGGACGUUAUGGCCGCCGCUGAGGAGCUGCUCGGUAACGGCAAGAUCUAUACUACUCUCGACGACGAGACAUUCGCCAUUCUAGAAGGUUUCUAGGGGCAUAUACGUUUCGCUAUACGAAGUAAAAAUACACGCUUGCUACUCGCUAGCACGGAGCCGUUGUUACUUGUCACGUCUUGGCGUUGAUGGGAUGAUAAAUAUCAGGCACAGGAUGGGAACUACGAGGAUUUCACACUCAAGAAUGGGACAUACGAGUAAAAUGAAUGGCCUGAAUCGGGGCUAUCUACCUAGAUACGGAAUGAUUGACUAAUGAUACCUAAAAUGAGCACCCGUAAUUCAUAACGAACGCCCCUAACUUCUUCGAGGAGUGAUUCGUAACGUCUCAAACCAAGAUACAACCAGACGAGUCCUAAGAGACAUGCGGCUGCAGUAAAGCAUCAUCACAAGUCAUAUAGGCCCCGCGGUGUUAAAAAGAGGGAUGUCCUAACCAAGUAAUGAUGUAAAGAGGAGAAACGAGCGUGAAGAAGUAUAACCAGAGC